AGGGUUUCUGGCGUUGCUAUGGCUGUGCUCCAGUCUGCUGUUCUCGGUUGUGUGUCACUAGCUAAUUUUAUUUUCGUGUCGUGGAGUACGGUGGAGUUUAUGAUUUUCAUCUCCCUGCGACAGAUUUACCGGGAGAGUGGGAGUGCGGGAGCGACAGCAGCUGAAGUAAAUUCGGAAACAGAUGCACGUGAACAUGCGGACUGGGAGUCUGCCCUCAGAGACCCGAACGUUCUCCUGACCCUGCUCUUCAACCUGGUGCUCCUCUUCGUCUUCAUCCUGCAACACAGCCUCAUGGCAAUGGAGACCGUGAAGAACUGGACGCUGGCUGCAUUCGGAGUGCUCCAGCGAUCGCUCUAUGUCUUCUGUACAGCUGCCUCUCUGCGGCUGCUGAUGGGAUACUGGAAGCCGAUCCAGAACGCCCCCUUCCUGUGGGACGUCUGCAAGGAGCCCUGGGCUACCUGGUUCCCACUCAUCUGUUUCAUUGUUCACACCAUCGCCUGGCUGAUCAUCUUCAGCAUUGUCCUCAUCUUCGACUACGCUGAGCUCAUGGGCCUCAAGCAGGUUUACUACCACUGCCUCGCCCUCGGUCACCCAAUGGAGCUGAAGUCGCAGAGGGCCCAGCGCCUCUACAGCCACCUGCGGCACCCAGUCUUCUUGGAGUUCCUGGUCAUCUUGUGGCUGGUGCCAAGCCUGUCGCUGGACCGGCUGCUGCUCUCUGCCACCCUCACCCUGUACCUGACCUGCGGCCAUGGCCUGGACCAGCAGGACUACCGCUACCUGCAGUCGCAGCUCCGCAAGAAGUUUGAGAUUUUCUCCCGGGAGGAGGAGGCCGGAGGCACGAGCGUCUGCCCGCCAGAACGCAACAGAGCCGGGCAGUACCAGGAGUAGCUGGCGAGCCUGCCCAGGGUCCAUUGUAUUGACUGCCUCUGCCUCUUUGCCAUCUCACUCUCUCCCCCACACCAUCUUCUCAGCCACCACCCGUAAGGCCUGACAGCAGACAGGCAGGUCUCUGUUACACAAACGCUGAGAAACAAUGGCCCAGUGAGGGUUUCUAUAGCUGUUUCUCUUCCUGUUCCAACGUGUUGCCCUGGUCCCUUCCUGCCAUGGAGUAAAACCACGCUUAUUCUGCCUCAGUGAUGCGCCUUUAACCGUCCGCUGCGCUCCACCUACACCCCUGCUCCUGCACUCAUUCCUGCCUCCCUGUGCCUUAUCGCUGACUCCCCACAGGUGAUGGUCUCCCAUCUGCACUAAAUGCCUCAGACACGAAGAGCCAGUGAAAGGUGCAGCAGGCGAUCUGCUGGAGGAACUGGUCACGGCUCUACGCUGCAGGUUCCAACGUCCGCGGCCUCGCGCCUCCAGUGAAAGGUGUAACCCAUGUGAAUGGUGCCAGCCAGCCUGAUCUUGCCUUCCAGGCAGUGGAUCUGUGGCCUUGCACGCCUGCCUCUUCAAGUACCCACUGGGGGUCUUUGUAAGUGCAGUGAGAGUUUCUGCCUCUCCGCACUGUCCAGCCAGUGAAUGCCCACUGCCUUCUCCAUGAACUCAGUUCUCCUCAGCUUUCCCUCGAACCUUACCACUUUCUUCAGACCUGCAGCCACUGAUUUCUGCUGGUUCAGGACUGAUACAGUUGUCUUCAACUGGGAAAAGUGAGCGAAAGUCUCCCACCUACAGCAAUUCCUGGAUCGACUGUGCUUGAGGGCUCCCUGCCACUGAACACCAAUGUAAUGUCUGUCUCACCCACAGCAGCAAAAAUCACCGUUGAAAAGCUUGAUAUUUUUAUAGGAAUUUUUAUAUGAGAAAGAUGGAUAUCCUUAGAAAAAGAUAUGCUCAUCAUGCUGAAAAAUCUACAUUUGCUUUGGAUACUCAGUUGUGGAACUUAAGGAAUAUUCUGAGUUUUAUUGGAAAAGAUCCAAAUCCAUAAAAAAAAUUGCAAU